AGAGAGAAAGACGAAACAAUCACGUGACCGCACGCCGUAAUUCAAGAUGGAGACUGAGCUGAAAAGGUGGCUACACUGUGAGCUAGUUAGCUGUUUGCAGUGAUCACAAUAUGGCAAAUACGACGGACUACCGCACGUUUUAACGCCGACAGAGAGACUUGUUCAUCUGACAGCUUUGGACCACCAUGAAGUAAAAGUUGUUGUGUUUAAAUAUAGACCACCUGAAGAAUAUUCAAAGAUAGGAGAGGUAGCCCAGAGGAGAAAACUGUCAAUGGUCAUCAACAUAAACUCAUUUUGAGAGAGAGAGAGAGAGAGAGAGAGAGGGGAUCGAUAUGGCGCUGAGAGAGUUAAAAGUUUGUCUCCUGGGGGACACUGGCGUUGGAAAGUCAAGUAUCGUUUGGAGAUUUGUGGAAGACAGCUUUGACCCAAACAUCAACCCAACAAUUGGGGCGUCCUUCAUGACCAAGACAGUGCAAUACCAAAACGAGCUGCACAAGUUCCUGAUCUGGGACACGGCAGGACAAGAGCGGUUUCGUGCUCUAGCACCAAUGUACUACAGAGGUUCCGCUGCGGCCAUCAUUGUUUAUGACAUCACGAAAGAGGAAUCCUUCCAAACACUGAAGAACUGGGUAAAGGAGCUGCGCCAGCAUGGUCCUCCUAAUAUCGUGGUCGCUAUCGCUGGCAACAAAUGUGACCUGUCAGACGCCAGGGAAGUCCCAGAGAAGGAUGCCAAGGACUAUGCUGACUCCAUCCAUGCCAUCUUUGUAGAAACCAGUGCCAAGAAUGCCAUUAACAUCAACGAGGUGUUUAUAGAGAUAAGUAAGCGCAUCCCCAUUGUAGAUGCAGCAGGAUCAACUUCAGGAAAAGGUUUCAAACUGGGACGGCAGGCCUCAGAGUCUCGCAGGACGUGCUGCUGAUAAUGCCGGUGACUGUCCCCACAUGAGCUGUGACCUGACCCUUUGCUUAACCUCUGUAUUCCCGGCCUGCUUCAGCUUGCAGCCACCACACACCCUCAGACACUCUUCAGUCCUUGACGCCGGGGUGCAGCAUUGCCAAACUGACCGAUGUAGCACAUGCAUUUCCAACUACAGCAAAUCAUCAUAUAUCGUCUGAAAAUUGCUGGCAGGAGAAUGCCUGAAUUCAUACAUUGAUGAGUAAGUGAAGGACCCUCAUAUAUACAGUUUUACUGGCUCCUAUUAUGGACAUCAAGACUAUUUUUGGUGUAUAUUAUAGCCCUAGGUUGAUCAGAGGAACUUUACAGCGACAGAUUCAUGGAUUCGGAAGUCAUUCAUGUAAAUUUGUACAAAUAUAUUGUCUUUCAACCAAAACAUGAACUGAAAAUGGUCAAAUUUAACCAAAUCAUUUUGAUAGCACUUAAGUUAUUGCCUUUUGUUUGUUUGAGGGGAUCUCUCCCCAAACAUUCACAGCUUUGUGAAGGAUCCAUCUAUACUGCCAAUGUGUGUAAUCACUGAUUUAUCAUCAGAUUCUGAUGAAAGAGGUUAUGGUAGUCAUUAGUUCUUGUUUCUCAUCUCAAUCUUUGCUUUGUGGAAGGAUAUUUGGAGAGAUGCUGGUGAUUCACAGUCUAGCAAGAAGGAUUGUGCGUGCUAAAUUUGCAUUUUAUUGCGUGAUUGCUGUUUUCAUCAAGAUGUUUCAUCAAGGCAAAAUACCAAGUGGGUGUUUUGAUGUAAAUUUGCAAUCACGUUGUCAAAAAUGCAGAAAUGGUACUUCCUCACAUUUAAAGGAAUAGUUCAACAUUUUCGGAGAUAUGCCUAGGGUAAGAAUAUCAGUACCAUCUAAGCGUGAACUUUGUUCUUCUCUCUUUGGCUUGUGAGGAUAUUUCGAUCGUUACUUGCUGCUGAGAGUGACAACAAACGGUUGCAAAAUCUCAUCUGUGUGAUUACAACUGUACAGUCCAGUGCUUUAAUCAGGGCUGAAAACGCUGAGUCUAAGUGUAUUAUUAUACGAUAACAGUCCCAGUUGCUCACACAUGCAACACACCUCUACUUUUUAUUUACUGAAAAGGUAUUAACUGAAUAUGAAGUUCCCUGUUGUGCACAUGGCAUCAUGCCAUUUGUCUCACAGUAUUACUUUAGUGUAAUUUUUCUCUAAUCAUCUUCUUUCCAAUGCUUUACUGUUACUUGGCAACAGUUUUACAGGGUAGGCUGAUAUCUGUGAGCUCUUACCAAAUUCUUUAAUUGUCCCAUAAACAUUUUUCAUCUUUUUUUUUUUUUUUUUUUUAAUAAUCACCACAAGCUCACACAUGCAUUGUUUUACUACCUGGCCUGCAAUGAAAACAAUAUGAUCUGGAAACUAGAGAUCAUUUACAGGAAACUCAGAUUUUACAGCUUAAAUUUCCCCUUCGCAGAACGCUAAAUAUGCUGAAUUAAACGUGGCACUGUGUCAACUUGCUGACCCCUUAAUGAACCUUAGUCUCCUUUCUGCUCUGAAUUACUGUAUGUGCUUAUGUUCCAAGGGCUGCUUUUCUGAUUUUCCUUUUCUCCCAACUCUCUUUUUUUCUUCAUUCUUUUCAAUUCCAGGCACCUAUUGCAGGUCCAGCUUUCAUUCUGCUUCAAACAAAUAUGGGUUACUAUACAACAGAGCUAUAUCAUCCUUGUGAAAAUCCUGACUCCGCUGUGAUCCUGUCCCUGUGAUCCCAUGUUACAGUAUGCUGUGUUGUGCUGCAGUAGUUUCAUUUACCUCUUCUAUCAGCCUAAUUGAUCCUCAGUAGCAGUUGACUCAUGAGCCCCUACAGACUUAUUGAGUCAGUGUAAUUUCAUGCUUGUCUGUAUCUCUUGAGUCCGUUUAGCCCCAAAAACCUCUUUGCAAAGUUGCCAAAAAAAUACAGAUGUGGGCUCAACUGGACUGCAUUUAUAAAUUUGGAUGGUGUGCUUUUCUGUCAGCGCAAGCCACUUUAUUUGCCUUUAAGCAUCUUAAAUGCAUCUGUUAUCGAUGAGUUGUGUGCUACGCAGUGCUGUCAAUGUCUUCAGGAUUUUCUAGAGUGCAAUAGUUGUUAUUAUGACAAAGGUUUUAAAAAAAUGUGAUCUAAUCCAAGAAAUCAGUUACAGAGUGAAACACUCACACAGUAGAGCGCACACUCAUUCAGAAAAUGUGAUCUGACUCCCUACAGUCUCACGCAGAUAAUGACAGGUUUAUAUUGACCUCAUUUUAUGUGGCGGUUUUUGCUCAUACGUAGUUCAUCAAUAUGAGCAGUGUGAAGGGGCCGAGCAAAUCCCUUGAAAACCAGAGAGGCAUUCUAGGUCAAAACUUAAACUUGGUUUUUGAUUCAUGCUGCUGUCUUCGAUGAUUCGCCAUACUGCACUACAACAUAAUGCUAACUCGAGCAAGUAUUUAAUAUAGCUUCAGCAAUUAUUAUCAAAAAGGGAAUCACUCUGGUACUUUGAAAGCUGCACUUUGACUAUUUCUAUUAACUGGCCCUUAUUACUGACUAACACUCUGUCUGCAGUCUGUUAUUAUCUCUGUGAAAUAACUUGAUGAAACGUUCAUGUAAAGACUUCUUAAUGUCCCUCCAUGUUAUUUUUAGGUUUUGACUGUUUGCUCAGUUCUCAAUGCUACGAAGAACACAGCGGCAAACAUUGUCAAAGCCAUUUUACUACACACGUAAUUAACCUUUUUUUUAUUGUCGAUGUAAUAUAGUGAUUUAAAAUGCUAAUCACGUAAAUGCUUAAAAAUAUAUGAAGUUUGAUAAUGACACAGAAGGCAUGGAUAGAAAUUGUAUGCCAGUUUUGCAUUGAAAAAUACCAAUAGUCUUGGGCUGGCCCUGGGAAUGUGAUUAAUCUAUAAUAUGUAUAUUUUUCAGUGUAGAUAUAUACCAUCAAAUUGCACACAAAUCAAUAACUAUAUUCUAUUCUAAGCCAGUUGUGUGAACACAAUAGAUGUCACCGUUUGCAGUAAUUCCAUCAGCAUUGUAGUUACCAUAUUUAGCUUUUUACUAUGUUUCAUAUUGAUUGUAACAAAAUGCCUGAAGACACUUGUUUGCAGUGGAUUUCCAAAUGUGUAUUAAAAAAAAGGGAAUUGUCAAUUUGUUUACUAAUAAAAGAUUGACAGAAAUA